AGCUGCAAUCUCGACGGACGUUACUUCUUGUGAGGAUGAGGCUGCCGACGAACAGACAGUGUGCGAUGGAAGGAGAUGGGAAGAAGAUGGACCAAGCUCCUCCGUUCAGGAACCCUUUUGUGCACGUCUUGAAAUUCUCCCCUCUGGAAAAGGCAAAGAUCGCAUUAAUGACAGUCACACUGUUCCCCAUCCGGCUGCUCAUGGCAGCAUUCAUGAUGCUGCUUGCUUGGCCUUUUGCCUUUCUGGCCUCAGUAGGGCGCUCGGAGACCACUGUUGAACCCCAGUGCCUCUGGAGGAGACUGGUGGACAUAAUUCUGAAGGUCAUCAUGCGGGUCAUGUGGUUUGCGGGUGGUUUCCAUUGGAUGACGGUGAAAGGGCGAAGGGCACUGCCUGCAGAAGCACCCAUCCUCACGCUGGCACCCCACUCUUCAUACUUUGAUGCCAUCCCAGUUACUAUGACAAUGGCCUCAAUUGUCAUGAAGGCAGAGAGCAAGGAUAUACCUCUCUGGGGCACUUUGAUUAAGUACAUCAGGCCAGUGUUUGUAUCACGGUCAGAUCAGGACUCCAGAAAGAAGACUGUGGAGGAGAUUAGGCGCAGAGCUCACUCCGGAGGAGAAUGGCCUCAGAUCAUGAUUUUUCCAGAGGGAACAUGCACCAAUAGAUCCUGCUUAAUCACCUUUAAGCCAGGGGCCUUCAUCCCAGCUGUACCAGUGCAACCUGUGGUGAUUCGUUACCCUAAUAAACUGGACACAAUCACAUGGACAUGGCAAGGACCUGGAGCGUUUGAAAUCUUGUGGCUGACACUCUGCCAGUUGCACAACGAGUUUGUGAUCGAGUUCCUUCCGAUCUACACGCCCUCAGAGGAGGAGAAAAGGAAUCCAGCUCUCUUUGCCAUCAAUGUGAGGCGUAUCAUGGCCAAAGCCCUGGGGGUACCCAUCACAGACUAUUCAUUUGAAGACUGCCAGCUGGCCAUGGCAGAAGGCCAGCUCAGACUGCCAGUCGACACCUGUCUGCUGGAGUAUGCCAAGCUCGUCAGGAGACUGGGGUUGAAACCCAAGAACACUGAGAAGGUUCUGCAGGAGUACGGGAACAGAGCCAGGAAGCUGGAGGGACAGAAACUGGGCUUGGACGACUUUGCCCAGUUCCUCGAUGUGCCAGUGUCAGACAUGCUGCGAGACAUGUUCGCGCUUUUUGACGAGCAUGACGAUAACUGCAUGGAUAUCAGAGAAUACGUGAUAGCCUUAUCUGUCGUAUGCAGACCUGCCAAAACUCUGGAAACGAUGAAAUUGGCCUUCAAGAUGUUUGAGGCCGAGGAGGACGGUGCCAUCACAGAAAUGGAGUUGGCAGUUAUCCUAAAGACGGCUUUAGGAGUGAAUCACCUCAGCGUGUCGCGUCUGUUUACUGCCAUCGACGCGGAAGACACAGGGAAGAUCACAUUUGACAAGUUCAGAAUCUUUGUGGAGCAGCACCCAGACUUUGCUGAGGACUACCUGUACACAGAAAACGCAGGGUUGCACAGUGGGCCCUGCCGCCGUCACCAAACAAAGCCCAGCCUGUCUUCCCUGAACCUGCAAGGCACUGCCGCCACCAAAACAGCUAACGGUAUCUGCCCCGACUUCAGCCCCAACGACCACGGCACAAUAGAUGGACUCCACAAGAAACAUAACUAGAGCGGUUUUAAUUUGACACCUCUCCUGGUGAGAGGGUGUUAUGUGUGGGGAAAGGGGGGUGGGCAGAGGAGAUAGUUACUUGUGUUAACAGUAAGGGACUAUAUUUCAGUAACCACAAUGAUUAAAUGAAGAAGUUUACCCUUUUUUAAUUAGUACUGUGUCCAUGAAAAUCGCUGAGGUUAUUUUCAGCCUAGUAACAGUUUAUUUUGUUAUAAAUUUCUUCUUUUUUUUAUGCUUUCAGAGCAAAAUGCCAAACAAUGGCUGUCACAUAUACAAUUCUUGAAUACUUGAAGGGCAAGCACUUAUACAAAUUCCUGGGGCAAAUGUUUCGUCCUCUUUUUUUUUUUUUUUCCUUUUCCCUCCAACAUAGUGCCAACUGUGCAUGUUUUUAACAUGAGGGAAGCAGGAAAAAAAAAAGAAAACACAAGCCCUGGACAGUGAAGUCUCAUUUUUAGUGGAGUCAGUGUUGGGUUCUCUUUUUAUUUGUAACUGUUAUCUAUUUCCUCUCUUUAUUGGCUGCCUUUUUAACUGAAAGUGCAGAAUGCAUGGGCUCAUGUUAUUUUGAGCAGUGCUGUGGAUUAUUCAUCUAAAGAAGGGAGACCCGAGGUUACCAGUGACAAUAGUGCUACAGGAGCCACAUUUGAGGUGAACUUGGGUCUCUGUGAGUCAACGGUCAUAAUUGCUAUGAGCCUGAUACAUAUAUAUAUAAAUAUAUAAAUAUACAAUGAUAUAUUUGAUUUAGCUCAGGGUUCAGUGACAAAAAUGAAAAAUUUACCUUGUAUGAUGUCAUCAUUUUUGACGCUCACUGGGUUACGCGCAUGUCUUUAUUUUCUUAGGACAUCAGUACUCUUCUACCCAGUCAUUCUUCAUUCACUGCUUCACCCAUUUUAAUUGUUUCAGGUUGGCAAAUUCAAGUGUCUUCUUUUAUUGUUGAAAUUACACAAUGUGGACCAAAAAUGCAUCUGGUGAUAUAAUGUCACCUGUCACGUUUGUUCUGUACUUUGUUUAACUCGGUGGUGUGACGGCUGAAAGGGGAGGGAAGUUCACAACGUGUGGCCGUUGAAAGCACAUUUAGGUAGGUUGCUAUGUUCGGUGUUCUAGAGGCAAGGUCAUACUGCUCCCCUUUCUGCCUUACACUGCGACAUUUCAAUCAUUCCUACCCUUUUCAAUACAUUGUACCUCAGUCUGUCUGAACCUCAUGUUUUUGAAGGGUAAAUCCUCCGAUUUUAUACAUUAAAGUAUGUUGGGGAGUACUACUACAUAUGUGAUGAAGACUAGUAUAAAACCCUUUGUCUCUCCAGUGGAAGCUGCAUAUCUGAUAAACUCCAUUCCACUGAUGUCACUUAUUGGUUAAGUUGCAUUGUGGGUUUUGAAAAGCAGUCCAUUGGUCUAGCAUUGCACUCUUAUAACACCAUUUGAUCAUUUGUUUUAAAACUACUCAUAAUAAGGUCAAGUCUAUACAGCAGAUUCCACACAUUCUCCUUCCUUUUCAAAACCUGGCACCUACAUUACCCACAAUGCAAUUCAGCCAAUGGCUGAUAUCAUCGGAGGCAUUUAAUAGAUUAUAUGCAGCUUCCUCUGGAGCCACAAAAAGCUUUGGAGAACUUGUUUUCUCUUAUGCAGUUGUACUUCCCAAUACCUGUAAACACACUUUGAGUGGAGUCACCCUUUAAUGACACACCAGUAAAUUGUUACCUCCAUGCUAUGUUUUGAAUGUGCGUGGAUGGACCCUGUGUGUUGUUUUUAUUCGCCAGUCCAAACACAUCUACAUCAAGUCUCAUUUCAGAGACCAGAAUUGGAAUUGGAAAAUAUCCACCUGUGCUGGUAUUUAUGCAUUGUUUUAAAGUUUUAGCAAAUGGUGGUCUAAUUAGCACAAAGAUAUUUGGCACUGAAUGUGAUUUAAUAUUUCUCUGUACCCUGACAUGUAGUCUGUGGCCAGACAAUGUGUGUAUAAUCACAGGCAGGAUGGGCCUGUCCUUUCCAAUUGGAAUUAAAAUGAAGGAAUAUUUAUAGGUGCAGUAUGUAAGAUUUUUAGUUGAAAAACAUUUAGAAAUUAACCAAAAUGAUUAACCAAAUGUGAAGUAACAGUUUAGACGUCAUAACAACUAUGUAUUGUGUUGCAGAUAUAUCUGCUGGAGUUAAGAUGCUAACCGGCUACCCCCAACCUGUCCUGGUCCCUGUGCUAGCAGUCCAAACUCCCACACUUAGCCAGUGCUCCAAGUAUGAAAUCAACAGGUGGCCAGUUCUUACAUAUUGCACCUUAAGAUCACAAAUUUUAAGAUUUUAAAGACUAAUGUUCAUCGGUCUUUAGUGGCCUUUAAAUUAUUGACAGUAACCUUGAUUUAUACUAGAAAGUUCUAAUAAGACCUAUUUUGUAAUUUGUUCUGUUGUGGGUUUUUUUAUGUGUGCGUUUGUAAUUCCAGAUAAAGUUAAUCGAUUUAAAAACAAUCAACUUUUUCAAUCAGCUCAUUUCAAUCAUUCGCCAGCAGUGAAUUGGCCGGUUUUCAUCGUCUUUAUGUCUAAAAGCACACAAAAAAAAACAAAAUGAAAUUUAGACUCUGCUGCAACUUUGCUCUGAACGCACAGUGCUUUACAUCAUGUCAUUUUCAUUUUAUAGAGCGAGUCAUUCUUAAAGGGAAUACCUCUGACACACAUGAGAAUGAAUUUUGUAGCCAGCUGUACUUGGAUCUGUGAAUUUGUCCUUUUUUUUGUUUGUUUUUCCUUUUUUAUUCUGCAAGUCCAUCGAGUUGAUCAGCCUCACAUUCCCACCACGUUCACGACCAUGCAUACUGUUCAUGUAUCCUCUCCAGUUAUGGCUUUCAGUGAAGCAAUAUUUCACAUCUCUUAAGCCUUCUCAAGAUUUAUGCUUUCGAAGAGUUCUGAUAUGUAUUUUGAAUAUUCCAAAUGCAGGACAUUUUGUGAAUUUUUGAUAUACGUAUAUGAAUGAUUUUUAUUUUCACUGCCAUGACAAAGAUCUGUGAUCUUCUCUCCUCUGCAGAUUGUAUAUCGAUGGUGAAAAAUGAGCCACUUUCUGUUUUCCCUUUUGUAUAAUACUGCGAUUGUUUUUGUGCUGUAUUCCUCCUACACAGUGUAAAGUUUUAUUGUUGUUAUAUUAUUACUAUUAUUGCUGAGUUGACUGCUUAGAAAACAAAAAUGCAGAUUUCUUAUGGAAACCGAUAGCCUUGAAUCUAUAGAAUUUUUACGCUAAAAAAAAAUAAAAGAGAAUGUAUAGACAAUCUUGUCACAAUCAGAAGCUACUCAAAGCGCUGAUCUCCAGUGGACAUUUUCCGAAGAAAUCUUAGUUUUCAAAUGUACACUUUUUAUCCCGUUUGAGCCCCUUUUCUCCAUUGACUUUUUUAUGUUUUAUGUCCAAGUCGUGUAAGUGUUGAAAAUGUCGAGUGUGUGAGUACGCCGGGCCUCGAGGUGAUGUCUUCCACCACAUGACGGGCCGCACGGCACAAACACUCCAAACUGCACACGCGCACAAAUAUUAGAUGUGAAAUCACAAUCUUUAGUAUUCCCCCCCACCACCACUGCUUUUUAAAUUACAUGUAUUUGUGCUUGCACUUUAGAUUAUUUUCUUUCUUUUUUUAAAGAAAUAUCACAUGGCUGUGAAGCAUGUUAAGUCUGUAGGUUAAAGUAUUGUAGCUCAAUUAAUGUUCAUAUGAGCAGUUUUUGCUCUCAUAUGUUUGCUGCAAUAAUGGGAGCACAGAGGAAAUUAGGGAUCACUCAUUAAAGGAAGCUGAACCCUUGCCCUGUAUUUGUUAUACCACUGUAAGAAAGGAGUUCAGUUAGUUUAAGCCCACCUUUUAGACCUACAUUUCUGCUUUGUCUCAGGAUUGUGGAUGUUUUGUAGCUUGAAAUGACUUUGUAAACUCGUAGGACUUGGCAACAACGUACAGAUUUGAAUGACUAAAAAAAAAACCUGUUUGCACCGUGGAAUGGAUUAAGUAUUAAAUGUACUCUGAAAUGAUGUGAUUUUACAACAGGUGGUUAAUUAUACAACUCACUCUGUUAUGUAUGAGGGAAACACUGUUUUUGUACAUACUGUCAGCGGGAAAUCAGAUUGAUAUUCAAGACCUGACCGGGAAUGAAACGUAUCGAGCCACAGUGUAACCCCCCCUUUCUGCAGUUUUGUCAGUUUAUUUCAGACAAAUUUACAUUGAACGUCCAAAUGAUGAUGUUUUUAUUUCAUCAGCAAGUCAAAUAUGUACAUUUAUAUAUAUACUCAACUUUUACAUUCAGAACAAUUCCGCAUUGGGGCUGUAUGAACAUACUGGGUCUUUUUUCACACCUGUUUCCCUUUUCUUUCAAAUACCUCAGUAGAGGUCGGUCUAAUUUUUUUCUACUUGCUGUCAAUCUGAGAAAAAUGUAAACCUGCAAGAGAUAAACUUGUAUUUAUGCUACUGCUGCCUGCUUACCACAGUUCGUCCAGCGCUGAGCCUAAGACGAAAGACUUGUGUACUCCGACAGGAGCGAUAGUGUCUUUCUGAUGGCUCACUGUCCGUGGACCAAGAAACUGAAACUCUCUGUUUUCUCUGUGGCUUUACUUCCUGUCUUUUUCUAUACUCAACAGGUUUUAUUUUAUUAAUGCAUUUUGAUGAUGAAGAGUCAUUACUGCAAGCUACUUUGAAUUUGUCUGUUCAGGACUGCUAUGAUAUAACUUGUUAAUGUGACUCUUGGAUUGAAUUAAAAAAAGAAAAGUUAACAAACUGG